GCCGCCGGGCCUGCAGUGCGCAGAGGACGCGGCGGGAGCAUGUACCGGCUCCUCAGCCGGACGCUGGGCCGAGGCCUCCUGCGGGCCGCGGGGCGGCGGUGCCGCGCCGGCUUCCCUCGCCUGCUCCCGGGGCCCGCAGGAGGCGCGGGGCCCGGCGUUCCGGCGGCGCCCUCCCGAGCCGCGCCGCCGCACGGCGGGGGCCCGGGCCUGCUGCCGCUGCUGGCAGCGCUGUCCUGGUUCUCGAGGUCCUCCGAGCCGGAGGAGCAGGAGCAGCAGCAGCGGGGAGCGGACGGCGCGGCCGCCGCCGAGGACGCGGCGGACGAGGCCGAGGCCGAGAUCAUCCGGCUGCUGAAGCGGGCCAAGCUGAGUAUCAUGAAGGAUGAGCCAGAAGAGGCCGAGAAGAUGCUGCACGAUGCUCUUCGCCUCGCCUAUCAGAGCGAUAACAAGAAGGCCAUCACUUACACUUACGACCUGAUGGCCAACUUAGCAUUUAUUCGGGGUCAACUUGAAAACGCGGAACAGCUUUUUAAAGCAACAAUGAGCUACCUGCUUGGAGGGGGCAUGAAGCAGGAAGACAACGCAAUAAUUGAAAUCUCCCUGAAGCUGGCCAGUAUCUAUGCUGCACAGAAUAAACAGGAAUUUGCUCUUGCUGGCUAUGAAUUCUGCAUCUCAACCCUAGAGGACAAGAUCGAGAAAGAAAAGGAGCUGGCAGAAGACAUCAUGUCAGGACUCAGAAGCUGUGCCAGCGUGCUGCCAGGGAGGGCUCCCGGAGCGGCCUGGCCCUGCGAGCCUGUGCAGCCCGUCCUUGCGCGUGGACCCUGCUUCUGCCCGCUCGGGACUGCCAUUCGCCUGAGUAGUUGCUUCUCUCUCUCACACUCGUCCUCCCUUCGCUCGGUUUUCCGGUCUGUAUCUUGGGAAUUUUUUCAGCUUGUAUUCCACAUUACCGAUUUACUGUCCUCAGAAGUCAGCUCUAUGCUUUUCUUCUUCUGUUAGAGAUGUCAAGCAAAAGGAAGGCGAAAAGAAUUUCACACCUGUUUACCUUCCCUUUAGCUUUGUUGCAUUUCAGUAUUUUACCAUAUUUGCUUCAAAAAAAUUUUUGUGUAUUUUAACUCCCUUUGCCUAACAACCAUGUAGAACUUGAUGCCUGCCUAUUUAUUGCACUCUUAGAUAUCAGUAAACAGUAUACAGUAGGGCUGAUGCCACACUCCGCUGUACAUGUAGGGUUGUUCAGACACUCACUGGACACUCGGAUCUCUAUCUCCAGGCACAUACGCAAGAGACCCUCGGUGCUGGACAGGCGAGCGGAUGUGCCGGGUGCACACAGUGGGCAUCAGUGGACUGCUGAGCAGAGUGCUCUUCCCAGGCCACGUUUCCACCAGUCGUGUCUAGGAUUCCUGUUGCUCCCUGUACAUUCUUCUUGUUACACUUAGAAUAGCUGCUGAUGGAUGAGUACGAAAAGAGGUUUCAUUCUGGCUUCAAUAUGUGAUUGUCCUUACUAGUGAAAUGGAACAUUUUCACUUAUUUAUUAGCCAUUCAGAUUUUCUGUUCUGAAAAUUGUCUCUUCAUAUCCUUUGUUUAUUUUCUGAGGAGCUGGUUGUCUUUUUCCUAAUGACUUUUAAAAAUGCAAGCAUCUUUUUUUUUUUUUUUUUUUAAGGUUUAUUUAUUUGAAAGGCAGUUAGAGAGAGAGGGAGGGAGAGAGAGAGGUCUUACAUCUGCUGGCUCACUCUCCAAAUGGCUGCAAUGGCCAGACCUGGGCCUGUCCAAAGCCAGGAGCCGAGAGCUUCUUCCUGGUCUCUCAUGUGGGUGCAGGGGCCCAGGGAGUUGGGCCGUCCUCUGCCGACUUCCCAGGUGCAUUAGCAGAGAGCUGCAUCGGAAGUGGAGAGCCAGGACUUGAGCCAGCAUCCACAUGGGACGCCAGCGUUGCUGGACGCAGCUUAACCUGCUGCACCACAGCGCCAGCUCCCCACAUUUACUCUUUACCCAGAGUUGUAAAAUACGCAUGCACUGUACUCCCCCAGCAUAGUCCAGCCUUUUCUCGCUGCUUUGUAUUGACGUCUACUAUUUUUCAUAGACACGCGCCAUGCUAAUGUUAAUUCUGUAAUGAUAAUUGUUUAGUUUCAUUAUAUUCCAUUUUCGCCCAGCACCCUUCUAUUUUAAAUGAUUUGUAGAUUCCUUCAGGGGAAAUAGUGAGUACCUGCUGAUGUGGCAGACAUGCUGCUAGAUACUGAUGGAGCUGUCAGCAGCAGAGGCGCUGCCUGGAGGAGGAGACACACGAAGCGCAGUGGCCUCCAGUGUGUGGUGCCGGCAUCUCAAGCUGCGGCUUAACCAACCAGCCGCACCGCCACACUCGCCUCACGUUCACGGACUCUGACUGAAGUUUCUGUGAUGGAUCCUAGUUUAUUGGAAGUAAUUUAUGAAAAUGAUUCAGAUUUGAUAAGUAUGCUUCUUGCAUAAGUGACCCCAAUUUAUUUCAGUUGUUACUAAGUGGAUUUUUAGAAAUAAUUUCUAACAAUUUUAUGUUAAUAUUUCAAAAAACCAUGUUUGUCAUUAUUAGGAAAGGAACUCUGGCACCUCAUUAGAUCUAUGAAAUUUUCUCUUAAAUUAGCGGCAGGCUAGAUUUUUUUUUUUUUUUUUUUUUUUUCACUGUUGAUUUCUAAAGAUUUUCUUUAUGAAGACUUGUUUUCUCAAAGUUCUGUGGUGGUGUUAUUUCUCCUUUAGUCCUAUUUCUAGAAAGUUUUUCAAAAGAUAGUUCCAUGUUUAUUGUGGUCAGAAGGUGCUGUGAUUUAAAAUACAUUUUGAAAAACUUCCUAAUGAACAGAUACUACAGUAAGACUUGUACCUCGUUCCUCAUGCUUCCCGUGUCUUCGGCCUCUGUUAUUUGCCAUUAUGGUAACGGGUAAAACUGGGAAAUUAUUCUUGUACUUUUGAAGUUAUAGUGUUGGGCAUGUUCUCUAAUUGGAAAUAUAUAAAGAGUAUAAUUUCCAGAAACACAGAAGCAUCUGGAGAAAAUUAGCACAGAUUCCCAGAAAUAAGUUUCAGCCGCUUCCAUCCAGAAUUAGAAUGAUGGGAACGCUUUGUUCUGGGAUGUUACUGUUGUGGCGAACAGUCUUCUUUGUCUUCAGAAGUUCUCAGAGAACGUGCUAUUCUAAGUCUGAAAUCCAUCACAAAUUAUCUUCUUGGACUUGCUGUACUUGAAGGGGCAGAAAGAUUUGCUUCUCAUUGUCCUUCAGCCUAUCUUCAUUAUAUAACCAUUUAUUUUACAUUUUUUUCCAGUAUUAAACUGCUAUGUGAUUGUAAGGUUUUGUUCAGCAUUUUAAAAAGUGUGCUUAUAGUUAGGUAUUUUAAUAUUCUUUUUAUAGAAAUGACCUUUACAUGUGAUAGUUGAUGUCAUUUUAGUUUUUGUAUUUUAUAUGGGUUAUAUUUAUGCAUAAAUUAAGUUUCAAAUUUAUAGUCUUUGUUGUAUUUCUUUGAAAGUGAAUCUGUAAGGAAGUUUAUUUAAAGCUGAUCCUAAUUUAACUUUAAACAAACUUUAUUCAUUCUGUUUAGUCACAGUUUAAAAAAAGUUCUAUAUAGCAUCUGUAAAUUUCUUAAAAACUUAGAAGACCUGGAAAGAACAGGGUUUGGUAGGAAUGAGUGAUGGCUUUGUUGACAACACAACCAGGGACUUGGUGCUUUCGUUACCUAACCUUGCCUGAAAUGACCACCUGCAAUGCUGCCAUCCCAUAUGGGUGUCGGUUUGAGUUCUGGCUGCUCCACGUCUGAUCCAGCUCCCUGCUAAUGUGCCUGGGAAAGCAGCGGAGGAGAGCCCAGCUGCUGUGCUCCUGCUACCCAUGUGGGAGACCUAGAGGCUCUUUACUUCCCCUCGAAUUGUUUGCAGAAUUCCCAUUUAAUCUUGCCCAUUACUGUUUGUGUGAUUCAGAUCAUCUUUCAGAAGCAUUUACUUGUUUGUGCAAGCUCAUUUUGGUUCCUGUUCCCUAGCUCUGUGUUUCUAGUCUUAUUUAUGUAGCAUAACGUGUUUAAAGUUGUUCUUCAGACAUUAUGUAGUCAGUUCAGUAAUGUAUUAACAGUGCAGAAUCCCUCCAGUCUUUAUUAUUUUCCUUUGAAGAUGGAUAAAUUAUUUAUUUGAAAGAGUUAGAAAGGAGGAGAGGCAGAGAGAGAGGUCUUCCAUCUGCUGGCUCACUCCCUAGAUGACCUCAGUGGCCAGGGGUGGGCCCAGCCCCCAGCCCAAGCCAGGAGCCUCUAGGUCUCCCACAUGGGUAGCAGGAGCACAGCAGCUGGGCUCUCCUCCGCUGCUUUCCCAGGCACAUUAGCAGGGAGCUGGAUCAGACAUGGAGCAGCCAGAACUCAAACCGACACCCAUAUGGGAUGGCAGCAUUGCAGGUGGCUGCUUUAUCCACUAAGCACAACACCAGCUCCAACCCAUUCUUUAAAUUCGGUGUUUGGCCUUGCAUUUUAGGCCUUCACUGGCUUGUUUUAAGAUUUAUUUUGAAAGGUGGAGUUACAGAGAGGCAGAGGUAGACAGAAAUCGUGCAUCUGCUGGUUCACUCCCCAGAUGGCCACAAUGGCUGGAGCUGCGCCGAUCUGAAGCCAGAAGCCUCCUCCAGGUCUCCCACAUGGGUGCAGUGGCCCAAGGACUUGGGCCAUCUUCUGCUCUCCCAGCCACAGCAGAGAGCUGGAUCAGAUGUAGAGUAACCAGGACUCGAACCGGUGUCCAUAUGGGAUGCUAGCACUGCAGGCAGUGGUUUUACCUGCUUCACCACAGCGCCAGCCCCAACUCAUUCUUUUUUCUUUUUGAUUUAUUUGAAAAGCAAAGUUAUAAAGAGGGAGAGACAGAUUUUUUUUUUUUGACAGGCAGAUUUAGUGGGACAGACAGAUUGAAAGGUCUUCCUUCUGUUGGUUCACCCUCCAAUGGCCGCUGUGGCCUGUGCACUGCGCCGAUCCAAAGACAGGAGCCAGGUGCUUCUCCCGGUCUCCCACGCGGUGCAGGGCCCAAGCACUUGGGCCAUCCUCCAGUGCCCUCUCAGGCCACAGCAGAGAGCUGGACUGGAACAACCAGGGACAGAAUCCGGCACCCCAAAUGGGACUAGAACCUGGGGUGCCGGUGCCGCAGGCGGAGGAUCAGCCAAGUGAGCUGCGGCGCUGGCCUCCAACUCAUUCUUAAUUAGGCUUAUUGUCAUCUGUUAGUUUCAAACUGGAAAUAUUUAACGUUAUAAUUGAUGCACAGGCUGUUUGCUAUGUAAGGGGGAAGCUCCACGAUUCCGAGUCUGGACUGUCAUGUAGAUGGGUGUUGAUAUACAGAGUACUAAGUGAUGGGGCGCACUGAAAGUCCCAUACUGCUGCGAUGUCUGUGGGUUCUGCUGACUGAAGUGAUGAGCACCUGUUGACUGAUUCCCUGCCUCGCCUUUUAUAAAGUGCCUGUCACGGCUCAGGCUGCUCUUUC